AUGUCAUCAAUACGAUUCACAUCGCUGCUACUAGCAGCAGCGAUCCAGGCAGACGCCAUGCCACUCCUCAAACGAGAAAUGACCACAGGCGCCAAAGCUGGCAUGGGCGUCGGCAUCGCGGUGGCAGCCAUCGUUCUGGUCAUUGUCAUAGUCUUCCUCGUUAUACACCUCCGUCGCCGAUCACACAUCAAACAGAUCAACAAGGAACGCGCUAUUCUCGCAGGCGAGAAGAAUGCGGACGGAUCAGACAAACCAGAUAAAUUCGCGGCCCCCAGUGAGCCACAAGCACCAGCUGGUGCCAUCCCGAGGCGGCAGAAGAGUAUCAAGGACAGAAUGAUGGGGCCGCUUUACCGGGGCAGCAUGAUCGAUAUGAUGCCAGUGCCCAAGAAGGCGCGGUUGCCGGGCGAUAACCCGAAUCGACAGAGCACGAUGACGGUGGGCGACGGGGACAGCUUCUUGAAUAAGCCGUGGGCGAGCAAGGAUGGCGAGAGCAGCCCGCGGCCGUCGUUCAGCAAUACAUCAACAUCUUCUCACAUCAAGAAAACCAAGUCAGCAUCAGCAAUCAUCAUCAAUUCCUGGGAGGCAAAGGAGCGACUGGGCGCUGGAAAGGAGUACACGGUCAAAUACUGGUCCAUGGCGAGUGCGCAGUACGGAAGCAGCACACGGUCAUCGAAGGCGAUAGACGAAUGA